UAUAUCGUUUGACAGUUUAGAAUGUGUGCAUAAAAUUAAAUAAUGCAGUGUUUUUUUAAUUUAUAAGUAAAAGAAGAACUUAUAGUGUUCGCGGACAAACUUCUGCCACAAAAGUAAACAUGGCUGCAACAAGUUGGAUGCGAUAUCCAAACACACGUUACGGUCGAUUUCAGAAAGGACGGUACCAGAACAAAGAAGACGAUAUUAAUUUUGAUGUAAAUAGCGAUUCACGCCAGAAUGUUACGAAUAUAUUGACAGCGCUUUGUCAUAUCUCCGAUAUAUCCGAUGGGAAACGCUUGAAUUAUUUAAACGCUUUCGUUAAAGUUACUUUGCAUAUCGAAGGCAACUUUGAAAGUAUCGGGUUCAACAUGAGGGAUAUUUUGUGUUGCCUCCGCAUAGCCCUCCUUCACGAGUCGACCCAGGUCCGGUCCGGGGGCUUACGGGCCAUCCGUCACGUCUUACGCAACGAGGACGACAUAGCCCAACUCAACAAACUCCUAAUCCCUUUUCUAAUAGCCCGAUCUUUAGACUUAGUUUUAAAAAACGACGUCGAACGAAUCGAAGCGAUGAAACUCAUACGCAAGAUCCUCCUCCUGUCCCCUUCCAACUUCCACGUGGCGUUAGGGCGGAGCUUGGUCUCUCUGGCCAAUGGGGGCGUCGAAGAGAAGGACCGCCUUCUCCGCAUCUGUCUCGCGACUUUGUGCGAACUGGGUGUGGUUAACACAAGUUUAUUCAUCGAAACGGGAGGCGUGGCAGCGGUUACGCGAAAUUUACUAGAGUGUCAAACACCGAAAAUUUCCGAAUCUUUGUGUGGAGUUUUGUUGUCGUUGUUGGAUAAACCGGCCACGAGGAACCACGCCGGGGUGGAUUUACACUCGAUUGCAGCUCCUUACUGUGAUUUUCAUUAUAGGCACGGCUGGAAGGACAAAGACAAAUAUGUGGAUGAGAGAGAGUUGAGGUUUAAUUGCAGCAGGCUGGCCUUGUUGUCGAUUUUGCGAAGUUGGCCAGGGAUUCUGCACUUUUGUGGGCCGGCCAAUAAGGCGGGGCUUAGGGCGGUCGUUGAGGUGCUGUAUUUGAACCAAUUAGAAGUCCGGAAAGCCGUUUUGGACCUCCUGUACGAGCUCCUCGGUCUCCCUCAGCCCGAAUGGACCGACGAAUUUUCAGUGGCCUUGAGUGCAGUGGACCCCAGCGAGCCCCAAUCUUCGUGGAGACUGAACGAGGGUUUCGUGGCCGCCGAAGGCCGCUCGAUUUUGCCCCACUUAGCCAAAACUACUCCUAGUAUAACCGACAUGCAUUUAGCUCUACUGCUCUACUCUUUUCUCGAGUGCGGCCUCCUAGGGGCCAUCGUGGAAGUGAUCGCCACCAGCGACACUUUCAUUAGUGUGCGGGCCACAGUUUUGCUAGGGGAACUUUUACAUUUAAUUCAAGUUCUUCUACCUCCUGAGUGUUGUAAUAUUUCGCCGGCUUUGCCUUCGUUGUUGGAGUAUGCGACGUGUGGGAAUCCGCAGGCCGUCAAGGCCGUCAACGGGUUGCAACAGUUGCAGAAGUUGCUGCGAAUGCGACCAGCGUCGUAUAGUUUAUAUUUGGAUUUUAUUAUGCGGAGUGGGGGGAAUGUUAAGUUCGCGAGUAAGAAUAAUAAAAAAAGUCGACACAAAUUGAAGACGUUGAAGGUUAAAUUGCAGCAAUUAGUGGGGAAGGACGGCGAUGACGUUAUCAAAGAAACGGGUGUUUUACUAAACAAAGAUGCCUACACGUGGAAUUGGAACCUUAUUCGGAUAGUGCUUAAGGGCGAAUCUGUCAAACUCGACCUCUCCGACGCCACCCACCGCAACUUCAUGAAACGUCUCGUCGACUUCUACACUCCGUCUCGUAACCGCUACUCCCACAUGGACCUCACCACUGCCAAGAUCAGUACCGCGUACACCCUCACCGGCAUCGAUCUAAUCAACUGUCUUCUCGACCUCGACCACGAAGAAAACAGCAGGAUGUUGCGCGAUUUGUUCGCGGACAUUUCGGGGAACAUCAGCGCCAUCACCAGCGGCCGCAGCGUCCACGACUGCCUCUUCAGCCCGCAGCACAUGAACAGCACCCAGUGCCAAAGCUACUUCCUCUUCGUGGGUCGCCUCACCUCCACCGACUUGGGAACGCAGCUUUUGAGCAGUCUGGACGUCUUCAGGAAGCUCGAACAUUUAGCGACAACAACCAACAACGACUGCUACGUCAAGUUAAUCGUGUCGUCGUUGGAUUACGGCAACGUGGGGCCUUGUAGGGAGCUUCUAGGCGCGGUGCUGAGGUGUCCCGUGGAAAGCUCGAGGUUGUACGCGACACAGUUCCUAUUGGUUUUGCUGAGAGCGGGAAUCGGCGGCUUUUGUGAUUGGGGGGUGAAAUUUCUAGUCAAUCAGCUGAGGGAUAAGGCGAGGUCGGUGUACCUCACCGCCUUAAAUAUACUACAUGAGGCUUGCGAACUCCAGAGUUGUCUGGAGACUUUGGUGAAGCUGAAUCCCAAUAUGGGGAGCUUCGGGGAAAAGGGGUCUUUGCUAGCGAUUCGGUUAUUGUCGGUAGCGUCGGGGUUCCAGGUUUUGAACAAGAACGACUUUGUGCUUAACGAAAUCAAAAGGUGGGACGAUUACUUCAGCUGUAGGUACAUUAAGUUGGUGGAAGGGGAAACUUCGGACGUUUUGACGUUACAUCAGAGGGACGAAGACGGGAAAUACGAUAAGCGUACGAGUGCGAUAAGGAUGAUUAGCAGGAAGGAUUUUUUCUUACCGCCGCAUUUGUAUGGGCAGUUGGCGAGGCACACGGAUGGGUUUUUGAUGUUGGUACAUCAUGGGUCUUUGGAAGCGAUGUUACAGACCGUCACAACCGCCUCUUGCCACACCGAGGACGACAUCCUCAAGCUAAAGGCUGCUCUUUGGGCCCUGGGUCACUUCGGGAGUACCAGCGAAGGUCUGCGCUACCUCAUCCUACACAAUUGUUUGGCAGCCAUGAUCGUUUUGGCACAAGACUGUCUAGUUUUUUCAAUUAGAGCCACCUCAUACUAUUCAUUAGGGUUAAUAGCCACGACACGACAAGGCGCCGACGAGUUGUUCAAACUAGGGUGGUUCUGUACGCGUCACAACCGGCACAUCGCGUGGCCAAUCAUCGAAGAGGAGGCCUGGGAGGACGACAGCGACGAUAGUUUGCGGUUACCAUGCGCUUUCCCCGACAUUUCGUCAACGCUGUAUUUUUUCGAUUCCGGUAUUAAAGAUGUGGAAGGCAGCACCGAUGACGACACGUCGGAAUCAUUGGUUGCCCUACCAGUAGAUAGCAUUAUUGCCGGACCCCAGAAGUCUCUAACUUUACCCGCCAAUCAAAAUCAACCUUCGGCCUAUCACAAGAGGUCGCUGUCGGAGUCGAAGACUUUCGAAAUAAUCCGAGCGCCCUCCGAUAGCAAGAAAGGCAGCUUUAGGUUAGGUACCGAGAUCGUGCGAAGGGUGCGCAACAACUCGACGACCGAAUCGACGACUUCGGGUGUGAGUUCGUGCGAUUCCGUCGGCGGCGGCCGAUCUGUCGUAUACGAACGCCAGCAACUCCUCAGCCCCAUCCCGAGUUCCUGCAGCUUAAGCACGUUGAAACAGUCUGGCCAGAAAGUGAGGCGUCAUUCCGAAUCGUCACGCCGCGUCUCCGUUCAAAGUACCGCCCAGAUGUCUCGUCGACCAAUCGCUAACUCUCUUUCCGUAGGCGGGUCUAACUCGGACAAAUCGCUUCAGUCGCUGGUUGGAGGCGUGUCGGGGAAACUCAGCCACCAGGAUUUGAUCGGCUACGCCACGUUGCGGGCGUUGCGUAAGUCGCCUAGGUACCUCGAAGAGCCGGCCUACGACGCCGACGAGGUCGUCAACGAUAGCUUGUGGGACGUACCGAUUUCGCUCAUUGAGGAUUGUAAUUUGUUGGAGAUGACAAAUUCGAGCAUUAAGCGAUUCUCGGUGCACGAUGGGGGGGACGAGGGCGACGAGAGGUGUUACAUGGGGAUUAGUUUACCCGGAGAUAUCCACAACCUGUUUUUGGACGUGGAGGAGGAGGUGAAAGAUGUGCCGUUGGAGAGGUUUCCGAUCAUUGAAGACGAGGUCGUGUGUACAUUGCACGAUUUUAAGGUGAGGGAGGAGACGCUUUGGAAACACGAGGCAGAGAUGUGUUUUGUGUGUUCGGGGAAGGCGGCGCAGGAGGUGGAGGUGUUUGUGGCGGUGCCUGGAGAUUUCGUGGACACCAAAUACGACCCCAACAGCCCCGAUAGUUUAAUCAAAGCCCACGUGCUGCAGCUGAUCGACCAGUUCUCGAACCCCGUCUGGUGCAAGCAAGUCAAGCAGUCGCUGCUCCAGUGCAAGCAGGGCAGCCCCCAGGUCUUCCAGGACCCUUGUCUCUUCUCCGAGGUGUGCAAGUUGCUCUCAGAGUGCACUUACCGCCUCUCUCCGCGUCGGAUGCUGCACGAACUCUUUCUCGACGUGAAGUACGACGAUCUGUACGCAGAGUGCGCAGAUAUAUUGAAAAACGCGCAGAACGAGAUCGAUUCGGGUAAGUCAUCGGGGGAUUCGAUCGACACUAGCGAGGGGGCGCAGCCGUCGUCGAACAUUAAACAAUUAGACUCGCUGAAACUCGCAUAUAAAGAAAAUAAGUUUCCGAUUCGGAAUCGUAACGAAUCGAAAAUUGUGUAACUUGUGGUUCCUUUUUUUUAUUUAUUGUUUUUCGUCGAAGUAUACAGGGUGUUCUGUUUAGGUUAAGUUUUAAGUUUUUUUCGCGUUGAUUACACUGUCGCUUGGUUUUCUUUUGGCUGAGUUUGGCUCAUUCCAUUCUGCGUUCUGCCGGGAGGAGAACAACCUGUGUAUUUACUUUAUUUAUUUGGAUUUGAAUAGCUGUUGAUGUUUUAUCGAUUUGUGAUGAAAAAAAAGUGAAGAUUUGUGUCUGAAAAUUCGUUUAUUCACAUGUGGAGCAGUUAUCGUUACUUUUUUAUAUACAAAAAGGCAAAUAAAAAGUGUUUACUACAA